AUGUCCGGGCUGCACCUGAUGAAGAGGGGCCGCGAGCACAGGAAGAUGGAUCUGCAACGGGACUUCACCGUCGCCUCGCCGGCCGAGUUCGUCACCCGCUUUGGGGGCAACCGUGUCAUCGAGAAGGUCCUCAUCGCCAACAACGGCAUCGCCGCCGUGAAGUGCAUGCGCUCCAUCCGCCGGUGGGCCUACGAGAUGUUCCGAAACGAGCGCGCCAUCCGGUUCGUGGUCAUGGUCACUCCUGAAGACCUCAAGGCUAACGCAGAGUACAUCAAACUGGCAGACCACUACGUGCCCGUCCCCGGCGGGACCAACAACAACAACUACGCCAACGUGGAGCUGAUCGUGGACAUUUCCAAGCGGAUCCCAGUCCAGGCGGUGUGGGCUGGCUGGGGACAUGCCUCAGAAAACCCCAAGCUGCCAGAGCUGCUGGAGAAGAACGGGAUAGCUUUCCUAGGUCCCCCCAGCGAUGCCAUGUGGGCGCUGGGGGACAAAGUCGCCUCCACCAUCGUGGCUCAGACGGUCCAGAUCCCCACGCUGCCGUGGAGUGGGAGCGGUCUGCUGGCCCAAUGGUCUGAGGAGGACCAGAAGCAUCAGCAGACGAUCACCAUCCCCCUCGAGACAUACGCGCAGGGCUGCGUGAAGGAUGUGGAGGAAGGCCUGCAGGUGGCCAAGAGGAUCGGCUACCCGCUGAUGAUCAAGGCAGCAGAAGGCGGUGGGGGCAAAGGCAUCCGAAAAGUGGAGGCAGCAGAGGAAUUUGGUCCCUGCUUCCGGCAGGUGCAGACAGAAGCGCCCGGGUCCCCCAUCUUCCUGAUGAAGCUGGCACAGCACGCGCGGCACCUGGAGGUGCAGGUGCUGGCCGAUGAGUACGGCAACGCCAUCUCCCUCUUCGGCCGCGACUGCUCCAUCCAGCGCCGGCACCAGAAGAUCAUCGAGGAGGCACCUACCACCAUCGCAGCUCCCUCCGUCAUCGAGGUGAUGGAGCAGUGCGCGGUCCGCCUGGCCCAGACGGUGGGUUACGUGAGCACGGGCACCGUCGAGUACCUCUACAGCGAGGACGGGAGCUUCCACUUCCUCGAGCUGAACCCACGUCUGCAGGUGGAGCACCCUUGCACGGAGAUGAUCGCGGACGUGAACCUCCCUGCUGCCCAGCUGCAGAUCGCAAUGGGCAUCCCCUUGCACAGGAUAAAAGACAUCCGGGUGCUGUACGGGGAGAACCCCUGGGGCGAUACACCCAUCUGCUUCCACAGCCCCACCAACACCCCUGUGCCCAGGGGCCACGUCAUCGCUGCCCGGAUCACCAGCGAGAACCCUGAGGAGGGUUUCAAGCCCAGCUCGGGGACGGUGCAGGAGCUGAACUUCCGCAGCAGCAAGAACGUCUGGGGGUACUUCAGCGUGGCGGCGGCCGGGGGGCUGCACGAAUUUGCCGAUUCCCAGUUCGGGCACUGCUUCUCGUGGGGAGAGAACCGGGAAGAGGCCAUCUCGAACAUGGUGGUGGCCCUGAAAGAGCUGUCUAUCCGUGGCGAUUUCCGGACCACAGUGGAGUAUCUGAUUAAGCUGCUGGAGACGGAGAGCUUCCAGAACAAUGAGAUAGACACCGGCUGGCUGGACCAUCUGAUCGCCGAGAAAGUGCAGGCGGAGAAGCCGGACACGAUGCUGGGUGUCGUCUGCGGUGCCCUGAACGUGGCGGACGCUGCCUUCAGGACGUGCAUGACCGACUUCCUGCACUGGCUGGAGAGGGGGCAGGUGCUGCCAGCAGCCUCCUUGCUGAACAUCGUCGACGUGGAGCUCGUCCACGAGGGCGUGAAGUACAUUCUCCAGGUUGCCCGUCAGUCCCUGACGACGUAUGUCAUCAUCAUGAACCGCACUCACAUAGAGAUAGACGUGCACCGGCUGAACGACGGCGGGCUGCUGCUCUCCUACGAUGGCAACAGCUACACCACCUACAUGAAGGAGGAGAUUGACAGAUACCGGAUCACCAUCGGCAACAAAACGUGCGACUUUGAGAAGGAGAAGGACCCGACGGUGCUGCGCUCGCCCUCCGCGGGAAAGCUGCUGCAGUACACGGUGGACGAUGGUGGCCACGUGGCUGAAGGGAACGUUUUUGCGGAGAUCGAGGUGAUGAAGAUCAUCGUGACGCUGGCGGUGGAGGAGGCCGGGCGGGUGCGCUACGUCAAGCGGCCGGGCGCGCUGCUGGAGGCGGGCUGCGUCAUCGCCCGGCUCGAGCUGGACGAUCCCUCCAAAGUGAAGCCCGUGAGUCUGCUGGGGGCAGCCACACUGCUGUCCCCUCCUCAGACCCUCCCCAUCACUGGCGAGAAGCAGCACCAGGUCCUCCGCAACAUGCUGGACAAUCUCACCAACGUCAUGAACGGGUACUGCCUGCCCGAGCCCUACUUCAGCACCAAGGUGAAGGAGUGGGUGGCACAGCUGAUGAAGACCCUGCGGGACCCGUCCCUACCCCUCCUGGAGCUGCAGGAGAUCAUGACAAGCAUUUCGGGAAGGAUCCCCCCGUCCGUGGAGAAGUCGAUCCGGAAGGUGAUGGCGCAGUACGCCAGCAACAUCACCUCCGUGCUCUGCCGCUUCCCCAGCCAGCAGAUCGCCAACGUGCUGGACACCCACGCAGCCACGCUGCAGAGGAAGGCUGAGCGGGAGGUCUUCUUCAUGAACACCCAGAGCGUGGUGCAGCUGGUGCAGAGGUACCGCAGUGGCAUCUGGGGCUACAUGAAGGCAGUGGUGCUGGACCUGCUGCGGCGCUACCUGCAAGUGGAGACACAGUUCCAGCACGCUCACUACGACAAGUGUGUCAUCAGCCUGCGGGAGCAAUACAAACCCGACAUGACCCCCGUGCUGGAGAGCAUCUUCUCCCAUGCCCAGGUGGCGAAGAAGAACCUGCUGGUGACCACGUUAAUUGACCAAUUGUGUGGCCGUGACCCCACGCUGACAGACGAGCUGACG